AUGAAAAACGUCGACUAUCGCUAUUUAUUUCUCGCUUCGGCGGCUGUAAUCAUCUAUUUAUUGUAUCAUGAUUAUCAAGAAAGUCAACGAAAUGUCAUCAUUCCGAUGUAUUCGAAUGCUUACGAUUAUCCGAGCGCAUUCGGAGCACCACAAAGGGUGCAUCCAAUGCUGAGACAACACCAACCAGCGCACUCAAUUCAACUCGUCAACGCCAACAAUCAACCAAUCACCAUUGUGCCGCAUCCAUGGUAUCAACCAUUUCGUUGGACGAUCUUGCCGCAAAACUUUUGCCAAAACGAUAUGAAAGUCGUAUUUGUGGUCCACACAGCCGUCUCGAACAAGGAAAAACGAGCCGCGAUUAGGGACACUUAUGCGAAUAUGCAAUGGUAUAAAAAGUACCACAUUCGUACCCUUUUUGCGACUGGACGCUCAAUGGAUCGAAAUGAUGAGCAACAAUUGGAGGCCGAGGCAAAAUUCCAUCAAGACAUCGUGCAAGCCGAUUUCAUCGAUCACUAUCGAAAUUUGACGAUCAAGGGCUUAAGCUGGAUGCGAUUUCUUCGAGAUCACUGUCCAAGUGUUCAACUUGUCGUCAAAUUAGAUGAUGAUCUUUUACCAAACAUUUUCGGCUUUAUGGAGGAUUUCGAAAAGAACAAGGUAAAAACGAAUAAAACUUUCACGUGUUUGCUCUACUAUGGGAACGUGAUUCGAGAUCCGGGAUCACCUUGGUUCGUUUCAAAAGAAGCAAUGCCAGAAGAUCAAUGGGGAAGAUAUUGUACAGGUACGAGUUUUAUUAUGUCGAAAGAUUUGGCUGCUGAAAUCGUUGCGGCUGUUGAGAAAAGACUGCAUUAUAUAUCGGUUGACGAUGCUUUUUUCACGGGUCCUAUCGGAAGAGAAAUCGGCGCCAAUUAUGAUUUUGAUACAUACGCCUCGAAAUACGAGCUCAACGAUGUGCAUACGGAGGAGAAGAUGAUGGCUCGAUCCGUCUAUUUUGCGCUCUAUCCUACUGUAGCCGCUUUGAGGCGAAUGUUCACUGAAUUAGAAUACAUCUACAAAGUUGUCACCGAUGCGCCCGAUCACUUCAAAGAUUAUGCAAAAGUGCAGAAC